GGGGGAUCUUCUCCAAGGCAGGAGGAGUUGCUCAGCGUGAUCCAAGAACUCUGUGCUUGGGGUGGGAAGGCGUUUGUGACAAAAAUGCUUGCCUGCCUGGCCCGGGAAAAACGGGGGGAUGUCGUGCAGGAGAGCUGCUCAGAGCAACAACUGCAAUCCUACGUCACGUGGGUGAAUUCACAGCUAAAGAAGAAGCCAGAAGUUCAACCGGUGCAGGAUUUGAGGCGCGACCUCCGCGAUGGCGUGGUCCUGGCGUCUCUCAUUGAGAUUGUGGCUGGAGAGAAACUCCUUGGUGUGGAAGAGUCACCUGCCAACCAGCAGGCCAUGAAGGAGAAUGUGGAGAAGGUCCUACAAUUUGUGGCGUCCAAGAAGAUCCGCAUGCACCAGACCUCGGCCAAAGACAUCGUGGAUGGGAAUCUGAAGGGCAUCAUGAGGUUGGUCCUUGCGCUGGCCGCUCACUUUAAGCCCGGACCCGGAAAAACCGCUUCGCCAAGACCUGUGGAGGAGAUCCAGGCGGGGAGCCGAACCUGGCUGGCCCGUCACAGGCCUCGCUCGGCUGUGGCAGCUGCCCAGGAGGCGGUGGCCGCCCUAGCAGAAGUGCGCCAGGAUGUCGCGGGAGUGGGCCGUGGUCACGCCCUCCAGCCGCACCCCAGAAACAGCCCCCUGCACGGAGAGAAUGAGCGGCCUCACUGGAGCGUCCGAGCGCUCGUCCAGCAGUAUGAAGGCCAGCAGAGCAGCGGCCCUUCAGAGUCCUCGUCCUCCAGCCUCACCUCUCCUAGCCCUAUCAACAGUGCCAAGAGUGAGUCGGGCAGCACCCCUUCCGGGGAGAAGGCAGGGUUUGACCUUGGCCACGACGAAGAGGGAGACGAAAAAGCAGGAACAAGGACAGGAGGCUGGUUUCCUCCUGGGUGGGGGGCUUCCACGGGGCUUCACCCCUUGUCCCCCUUCUUGCCCCGCCAGGCGCUUCUCCUGAACGGGUCCCUCCCCGAGGACGAGCAGGAACGCUCUCUGGGGCUGUGCGAGCAGGACGGCGGUCUGGAAGAGCAGCUGGUCAUCAUCCGGAGCCGCCUGGAUCAGAGUCUGGAGGAGAACCAGGACCUGAAGAAGGAGCUGCAGAAAUGCAAGCAGGAAAGCCGAAACCUGCAGGGAGUCAAGGAUGCUUUGCAGCAGAGGCUGGCCCAGCAAGACACGGUGAUGCUUCAGAUAAAACAGGAGCUGCUGAGAGCAAAUAUGGAAAAGGAGGAAUUGCACAGCCAGAAUGCUGAUCUCCAGAGGAAGGUGGAAGAGAGGAACCGGCUUCUGGCGGAGUACAAGAAAGAGCUAAGCCAGAAGGACCGGCUCCUGCAUCAGCACCAGGCCAAGAUGGAGGAGAUGCUGCGCCAGCUCUCCGAGGCCGGGUAUCAGCAGGCCGAGUUGGAAAGGGAGCUGCAGCACAGGGAAGCUCUGCUGGCUCGCUGCCUGAAGAAGGACGUGGAAGAGGUGAUCCUCUACGGCAACCACAACUCUCAGAGCAAUGGGUUCCUCCAGUCCUCGGGGAAAGGAACGGCGUCUUCAACGCACAGAGGGGCCAGCGACCUGCAGCUGGUGCGCGAGGCCCUGCGUAGUCUGCGGAACAGCUUCAGCGGCCACGACCCGCAACACCACACCAUUGAUAGCCUGGAGCAGGGCAUCUCCAGCUUGAUGGAGAGGUUGCACCGCAUGGAGGUGCAGAAGAGGCAGGAGAAGAGGGUUCGAGGGAAAUCGCCUGCAGGCCACGUGGGGAGCGAAUAUCGGGAAUCUUGGCCUUCCAACUCCAAACUGCCUCAUUCUCACAGCACGCCAGCCGUGAGCAGCAGCGCCUGCACCAAAGUGCUGUACUUCACCGAUCGCUCCCUCACCCCCUUCAUGGUCAGCAUUCCAAAGAGGUUAGGGGAAGUGACGCUAAGGGACUUCAAAUCGGCGAUCGACCGAGAUGGGACACACCGGUACCACUUCAAAGCUCUGGAUCCAGAGUUUGGGACGGUCAAAGAGGAGGUUUUCCAUGAUGAUGAUAUCAUUCCUGGGUGGGAGGGGAAGAUUGUGGCUUGGGUGGAAGAGGACCACGGAGAGAACUAAAACCUUCGCUGUCGGCUGCUGGAUGUGCCAGAUACUCACCAAAAAAA